CAUAUCUCUCAAUCUUAAUCUAUAUUGUUAUUCCAUCAUCGAGAUUAGAGAUGCCGACAAGUGGACUUUCCAUUCUUUGUUACUUUCGUGUAUUUACCGGAAAUAGGACAUCCCAUAAUGCCCGCGGUCAAACCAAGGUUGCAAAAAUCAGGUUUCAUCAGCCCAUCCCAUCUAACCGUGCGCUACUAUCUGUUGCACGCUUAAUUGAGGUACAAGGUAAUCAUCUGAUAAUGUCCACGAUGAGAGAGUGGACAGUAUAUAAGACUGCUCACCGACCGUUUCAAACACACUCGAAGAAGCUUCUGGAAGAAAGAAAUCAUGAAUAUGCUACCUCUAUUUUUCGUUCUUAUGGUGGUUGGAUGCCAAGCAGGAUAUCAAACAGGAGGUUAUAAUCCUGGAGGAGCUGGCUAUAAUCCUGCAUACUAUGGCGCAGCUGCUGUUGCUAGACCUUAUUAUUCAGGACCAAUUGAUGAAAGCCCGAAGCCUUAUGAUUUCUCUUACGUUGCUCCAGCAAUUGGAGGACAGAGUACUAGAAAAGAAACUGGAGAUGGUUCGGGAAGAGUUGUAGGAUCUUACACUUUGAACGAUGACGAUGGACGUUCAAGAGUUGUGGAAUACGUUGCUGAUGCAGGAGGUUUCCGUGCAUCUGUAAAAACCAAUGAACCAGGAACAAGAAGCGACAGCCCAGCUGAUGUCGAUUUCCAGUCCACAGCUCUCGAUCCCUUUAAGCCAGGAUUUCCUUUUGGACGUGGUGCUGGUGGCAGAUAUGCCGGACAGCCCUCUCAUGCUUAUCCACACUACGGAAGAGUCGGAGCAGCAACAGGAGCAGCAGGAUAUGCACCUGAUGCAUAUCAUGCUGCGGCAUCAGGCUAUAGCAAUUCUAUACAUCAUGGAGCUGGUAAAUAUGGGAGGGCUUGGUAACUUUUAUAGAAAAAUGGGAAUUUUUGUUCAGUUUAACUAGUGGGCUGUCGGGGUUUUCUGGUUUUUUUUUGCGAAAUGUUACGUGAUACGUCAAGCAUCAUCAUUUUUCGUGUUAUUUUGCUUACAAUUGUGUCUGUGAUUAUUUCCCACUAUCGUUUAUGUUUUAUGUACAAAAAUAUGUUUAAAUACUCAUAUAAUCAUCUGUGAUAAUACAAAAUAUGUAUAAUUUUAAAUGCUUGAAUAAAGAUGCUUUGGAAUAUACGAAUAUA